AUGGUCCGAAGCAUCUCAACCAUACAAAACGCCGCGCCUGAUCAGCUGCUUCCCCUGCAGCGAAGCAGGGCCAAUUCGGACGAUACCCUCCACAACUUCAAUCCGAGUCCAAGUCUUACACCAACGAUUAACGAUCAAUUUAUCUCGCGGAGCAAGUUCGGCGACCAGGACAUCGGAAAACCGGCCGAGAGAGAGGGGAGAAUUGGCAAAUGGCUUAUUCUGCUCAUCGUUACGUGUCUCAUCCUCCUUGCUGUAUCCGUAGGGUUCCUCACCUGGCUCUGGUUUGGGAAUCGGGAUAGCGCGCUAUGGCGGAGUCUCAUUUCCGGAGCAUACAACGCUCGAUCCAUUACCCUAACCGGAGUCGCCAUCCGCUUCUCCAUCGCGACACUUGCGUGGAUCACAACUGCCAUGAUGGUGUCAGUAGUCGUCGAGAAGCACGGCGUCCCGUGGGAUAAGAUUGCCCAGGCGUCUGUUGCGCGGUACACAGGUGCCGUCACGCCGUUGAUUCUGGGAGGCUACGCGUUCAGACGCUGGUUCGCCAUCCUCAUCCCCCUUCAAUUCCUCUGCGGCAUUGUGUCGCAAUUCACAUCCACCCUUCUGUUCAGCGACUUCGACAGCGGUCUGGUGGCCGGGUUUCGAACGCAACUCACGGUCAAUUACGAGUUCAAACUGACAGAGAAGAACGGAUCCAUGGUCUACGAUGAUGUUUCCAUGCCCGCUGUCAAGACGAAGUGGGAUAUGGCACCGCAACUGUCCGAGGUCUUCGCCGAAUAUGCCGAGCCCGAAAACAGAAUCAACGAUUCAAGCGUCGACGAUACCGGCCCGGUAUGGAGAGCUUUCCUGCCGAUCGCCAGCGAAGAGACGAGGACGGGGAUCAUCGAAUACGACGGCAUUGCGAGGGUAUUCGAUGCUAGAACCGUGUGCGCCAAUCCAAGGAUCUCGAAGCUUGGCAUAAGCGGGAAGAGCACCAGUUUGCCAAAAUUCGUCGGCAUCGGCAGCUUGGACCUCCGGUCUAUUCCUAAUCUCUUAAACACCAGCGAAGGAAACGUCGGCGACCCCGCGUCUUUCCCGUUCUACUUCGAGUGCCAAAUGAGCAACAUCAACAGCAUAGCCUUGGGCAACAGCACAUGCUCCGGGGUGACAGACUGCAAACAGGCUAGGGACUCGUUCCCGGUGUGGGAGGAGUGCGGCGUAUGGAGCAUUAGCGAUACCAAUGCCAGCCUCGAGGACUUGGUGGAUUCUAUGCUGCUUCCCAGGAUCGGCAGGGCCGCGGAUGUCCCCAACAGGAUCCCCUCUCUUGACCCGCUUUCUUACACGGAUACAAUCCCCGGCUUUGGCGCAGAAUUCCUCACGAACAACCACGUCUCCACAGACACGGAUCCGUUAAUCAAACGCCGGGAUAGUUUCAUUGAUCAAGAUGGACCUUUGGCUCGCUUCCUGGAUGGGCGUGUCGGGAGGUCGUUUCUCCUCAUGAACGCGAGGAACCCAGGAAACAACAUCUUUUUCGCGUCCAUCGACCCAGUUCCGAGGCCGAAGGACGCCUAUAUCGAGCUACCCAUACUCGCGACCAAGCAAAACGGGGCCUGGCAGGAAUUCAGCACUGUUGUGGACUUCUCGUCGAUGGAAUUCGACAACGUAACAUGGGGGGACGACGUUUUGACUUCAGAAUCGAUGGACCUCAUUCCUACGGAGAAUCUUGAUAUUUCUACCCAGGCAACGGUUUGCUGGGAUGUUUUCAUGCCGGACAAAGCGCCGAUCCGAUACUUCAAUGUGAAAGCCACCAGCGGCACAAAUCGGUCUGAGCCAAGGUCGACGUGGGUACAGGACGAGGGCCGCUACGACUUAACAGAGGUUCUCAAGCAGCUCGGCGUCUCAAAGGAGCCGCUCUCCCACGCGGACCGCGGAAUCCUAUCCCUGGCGCGGGAGAGCAUCUACGACGCCAUCGAAAGAGAAGUCAAGACCACCGACAUCAUGACCUCCACCAAUAUCUCGGAUUUUGCCAGCGACGCCGUCAUCUUCCGGUCCGGCCUUGUCUUCUGUCCGAAUUGCCCUUUCGGCGACAUGGACAGGUAUUGGGACAACCUGUUCCGCCAAGCGCUGAACGAGACCAACUCGCCGGCGCGUGCCAUCCAGGCCGUGUAUACGGCGAAGGCGAGGUUGGGAUAUAUGCAAGUUGCGGCAGCGUACACUCAGCCGGAAGAGGCCGUAGUGGCGUCUCUCAAUGUUGCCCAAGUACCGACACGCGUGAUCGGUUACUCUCUAGCUCUCGCCAUCAUCGCCAUCCAGCUCACUCUCCUGGUGGCUGCUGGUGCGCAGUUUAGGCGCACCCGUGAUAGCAUCCUUGGCAACGCGUGGCUGGUGGUUUCGCAGGUUUCGUCGUCGCCCGAAGUCGCCAACGUUUUGGCUCAGGCGAAGACUGUGACAGACAACGACGUCAAGCGGCAUAUUGAAGAAGAGAAGGCGGUAAGAGUGGAGGGGGCGUGGGAUGAGUGGGGGCAGUCGAGUGGGAGAUAUGUCGUGUACGAUGGCACUUUCAGACGGAAGCUUUGA